CGAUCUAUGAUCUAAGAAUCUUUUGGUCCUCAAGGGAGAAUACCAAGUUUAUUCAUAACUGGAGGAUAAUUUGAAUGGCGAUAAUUGUGAAAUGGCAUCAAGCGCCUCCAUCUUCGAUCUUUUCAAGGAAGCUUUUUGUGGCAACUGUCGUUCUUAUCAUCUUCAUCGUUUACGUGUCCAACUUGGGAAAGAUGAUGAGCGUGACAGAUGACGAUGACAAAGAGUACAUACAGUACAUAACAGGAAUGGGAAAAACAGAAAAAUUCAGUACCACGCCAAACACCUGUCAACCAAAAGAACACGUGCUUUUCUUGAAAACCCACAAGACAGGCAGCAGUACAAUCACAAACAUACUCAACAGAUAUGGAGACUUUCACAACUUGACUUUCGCUCUUCCCCAAGAUGGUUUCUUUAAUUUCUUCUGGCCUCUGUCGUUCGAAAGUACUUUUAUAGCGGAUCUUAAAGGUAAAAGACCGAAUAUUUUCUCCAAUCACGCGAGAUGGAACAGAAAAUCGAUGACUGAGCUGAUGAGACCGAAUGCAGUUUUUAUUACCAUCCUUCGAAAUCCUGUCUCGCAGUUUGAAUCAACGUUUUCUUACAUGGAAUUUGCUCAGUUGCUUAGAAUCAAAGAUUCAAAAAAUUCCUUAGCGACUUUUUUUGUCGAUCCUAUCAAUACCUUGGCAAAACUCUCAGAUCUUUCAGAAUCUGGAUCUGUCUUUCCAUAUCUAAACUUGCUGAAAAAUGGACAAUUUUUUGACUUGGGAUUGGAAAAAGAGCAAUAUUUUACCGAUAAAAAGAUAAAAGAGGCGUUAAAUGAAAUCGAUGGAAGUUUUCACCUCGUCCUCCUGAUGGAGUAUUUUGACGAGUCACUCAUUUUACUCGCCCGAGAGCUCUGUUGGGAUAUUCGAGAUGUUGUGUAUUUUAGGCUCAACCAACGGAAAUCCUCCGACGCUAAUACAAACCUUUCCGAAGAACUUGUGCAGAAGAUUCGGCAGUGGAACAGAGCUGAUGUAUUACUUUAUAAUUAUUUUAACAGAACGUUUUGGAACAAAAUUGAAAAGCUCGGGAAUGUGUUUUGGAUUGACGUUCAUCGCUUGAGAAAUUACAACAAGAUGUUGGAGGAAGAGUGUUUACUCCCUGGGGAACAUUUUGGAAAGGCGUACGCCAAGCAGUCGAAGUUUAUCAAGGGGUACGCUUUGAAGGAGAAUAUCACUCCUCAAUUGAGGCUUCUUUGUGGAAAAAUGAUAACCAAUGAGAUUGACUAUAUGGAAUAUUUAAGAAAAAAAGCCUUAAAUUAGAACUUACUGCAGCUGA